AUGACUAUUAUUUUUCCGUCAAAAAAGUACGUUCUUCAUCAAUUUUUUGCUUUCUUUAGCCUCUCUAAACCUUACUCUAUCAUUUCAUGCCUUCCUUCCUUCCUUAUUUCUUUCUUUCUUUCUUCCUUUCUUCCUUCCUUAUUCCUUUCUUUCUGCCUUCCUUCCUUAUUUCUUUCUUUCUUUCUUCCUUUCUUCCUUCCUUAUUUCUUUCUUUCUUCCUUCCCUCCUUUCUUUCUUUCUUUCUUUCUUUCUUUCUUCCUUAUUUCUUUCUGCCUUCCUUCCUUUUUUUUCUUUCUUUUUCUUUCUUUUUUCUUUUUUUUUUUUUUUCUUUUUCUUUCUUUCUUUCUUUCUGCCUUCCUUCCUUAUUUCUUUCUUUCUUUCUUCCUUCCCUCCUUUCUUUCUUUCUUUUUUUCUUUCUUCCUUAUUUCUUUCUGCCUUCCUUCCUUUUUUCUUUCUUUCUUUCUUUCUUUCUUUCUUUCUUUUUCUUUCUUUCUUUCUUUCUGCCUUCCUUCCUUAUUUCUUUCUUUCUUUCUUCCUUCCUUCCUUAUUUCUUUCUUUCUUUCUUUCUUUCUUCCUUCCUUUCUUUCUUUCUUUCUUAAUUUUUUCUUUCUUAUUUCUUUCUGCCUUCCUUCUUUUUUUUUCUUUCUUUCUUUCUUUCUGGAUUUCUUUCUUUCUUUCUUUCUUCCUUCCUUCCUUAUUUCUUUCUUUCUUUCUUUCUUUCUUCCUUCCUUUCCUUCCUUCCUUCCUUCCUUCCUUCCUUAUUUCUUUCUUUCUUUCUUUCUUUCUUUCUUCCUUCCCUCCUUUCUUUCUUUCUUUCUUUCGUUCUUCCUUAUUUCUUUCUGCCUUCCUUCCUUUUUUCUUUCUUUCUUUCUUUCUUUCUUUCUUUCUUUCUUUCUUUCUUUCUUUCUUCCUUAUUUCUUUCUUUCUUCCUUCCUCCUUUCUUUCUUUCUUUCUUUCUUUCUUUCCUUUCUUUCUUUCUUUCUUCCUUCCUUCCUUAUUUCUUUCUUUCUUUCUUUCUUUCUUUCUUUCUUUCUUUCUUUCUUUCUUUUUUUUUUCUUUCUUUCUUUCUUCCUUAUUUCUUUCUUUCUUUCUUUCUUCCUUCCUUCCUUCCUUCCUUCCUUAUUUAUUUCUUUUCUUUCUUCCUUCCUCCUUUCUUUCUUUCUUUCUUUCUUUCUUCCUUAUUUCUUUCUGCCUUCCUUUUUUUUUUUCUUUUUUUUCCUUCUUUCUUUUUUCUUUUUCUUCCUUCCUUCCUUCCUUUCUUUCUUUCUUUCUUUCUUUCAUUCUUUCUUUCUUUCUUUCUUUCUUUCUUUCUUUCUUUCUUCCUUAUUUCUUUCUGCCUUCCUUCCUUUUUUCUUUCUUUCUUUCUUUCUUUCUUUCUUCCUUCCUUCCUUCCUUUCUUUCUUUCUUUCUUUCUUUCUUCCUUCCUUUAUUAAUUUUAUCCUUUCUGUAUCUCUUUACUAUCUAACUAUCCCAGUCUAUUCAUAUCUAUCUAUCUAUCUAUCUAUCUAUCUAUCUAUCUAUUCAUCUAUCUAUCUAUCCCAGUCUAUUCAUAUCUAUCUAUCUAUCUCACUAGCUAGCUAUCUAUCUAGCUAUCUAUCUCAGUCUGUUCAUAUCUAUCUAUCCCAGUCUAUUCAUAUCUAUCUAUCCCAGUCUGUUCAUAUCUAUCUAUCCCAGUCUGUUCAUAUCUAUCUAUCUAUCUAUCUAUCUAUCUAUCUAUCUAUCUAUCUAUCGCAGUCUGUUCAUAUCUAUCAACAGGGUAUGUUGGAUAAAUAG